AGUGCUUGUAAAAAUUUUGAAAUAUGUCAAAUAUUAUCAGAAAGCAGUAGAUAAUCAGAUUUUAAAGUGUAUUGAAGUAAACACAGUAGAUAAAGUUUUUUAAAGUAAUUCAUAAUUCUUUCACUUUCAGAAUGACCGAAGAAAAUAUUUUCACAUUCGUACCAAACAUAAUAGGAUAUGCAAGAAUUGUUUUGGCAAUAAUUUCAUUUUAUUUCAUGCCUACUAACUAUGUUAUAGCCUGUACUUGUUACGUAGUAUCAGCCCUAUUAGAUGCUUUUGAUGGUCAUGCUGCCAGACAUUUUGAUCAAAGUACCAAGUUUGGUGCAAUGCUAGAUCAACUAACCGAUCGUUGUGGAACUAUGGGAUUGGUAACUGUGCUAGCUCAUUUUUAUCCAAAAUAUAGCUUUUUAUUUAUUAUGUCUAUGUGUAUUGACGUUGCGUGCCACUGGAUAUUUUUACACACAUCUGUAUUGCAAGGAAAAAGUAGUCACAAAUUUGUUGACAUGUCAGAAAAUCCCAUUAUGAAUUUAUAUUAUACAAAUAAAACUGUGUUGUUUCUAAUGUGUGCAGGUAACGAAGCAUUUUAUGCUUCGCUGUACCUUCUUCACUUCACCGAAGGACCAAUUGUUGUAGGUCUGGGACUAUUCAAAAUAAUACUUUUCCUCUCUGCACCCAUAUGUUUUUUGAAAACUGGAAUUUCACUUUUGCACUGCAUUGUUGCGUCAAAAAAUUUGGCAAUCAUCGAUGUAAACGAGAGAAAGAAGUUGUCGAAGAAAGCAUUUUAAUAAAAACACAGACAUAUUUAUUGUCUCCUUGAAUAUCUUCAUUAGUCGUAUAUGUUUUGUGAAAUUCUAGUCUAACAUAGUAUUAAGUACAAGCUAGUAGUUGAAGAAUUCUUCUCCCGCUGACCAAUAUAUAUUCAAAAACAAUAUAAGAUAUUGUGAAAACUAAAUUAUUCAUCGGUUUCACUUAUUAUUGAAUUUGAGAUUCAUUUUGUUAUUAAAUGAUAUUGAAAGAUGUUGAUAUCCAAUACAGAGAAGCUCCAAGUCUUUGUAAAAGAAACAAAAUGCUCCAAUACAGAGCAAAAUUGAUGUUGGAAAACUAAUCAACAACUUGGUUUAAAACUUUUAUUGUCACUGGACACAUAGUAGUGUUAAAAGCUCGUCUGAGUGCUGGGUACUCGUGACAUGCAUUCUUCUUUCUUUAUGCACCAGCAGCAUUCUGGAUCGUUCUUAAUUCCAGCUUUGUAAGUAGACUACUGAGAGCUGUUAGAACAACACUUUUGGUCGUACCAAGAAUUGGCACAUCGCAAAGAAAAAUAAAUUUUGACUACUGUUUUUGGAGUCUUUCAACUAAAGAGUUGAAAAAAUAUUAUUCAUCGUUCAUAGUUAAUUGUAGCCCCACUUGAUUCUACCAAAGCCGACAUCCUUUGAGAAGCCGAUCAGGCGCUUUGUGAACCUUUUAUGUCAUUAGGCGAGCUGUGAGUGUUUUAACCGCGCUCAUAUGAGUGCUAGGCACUCACAGAUGACGCGGUUUAAGAUUUCAUUCUCCUCCAUGCACCAAUGGCACUCCGGAUCGUCUGUAACGUCCAUGGUGGUCGAAUUCCGCGCCUGUUUAGUUGGAGCAGUUGUUUGGUGUGGUCCAUCCAUGUCUAUUCUUUACCGAGCCUGCCUUGCGAGUAGACCGUUGAGCUACACGAAAAAUGGGUUCAUUGGUGAGAGAUGUUUUUUUUUUAUCUUAUUUGUGAUAUGAAAAGGACUUAAUUCGUGGUAGGGAUUUAUUAGCUUUAGCCCUGAUGUAGGAAAAAUUCCUCUGCGGGGUUUAUUUUGUGCCAAGAUGGAGCUAUCCCAAAUAUUUACUUUGUGUUUUUGUUUUCUAUUCCAAGUUUCUUUUCCAAUUCUUUUACUCCAAUCAAGAAAUAUGACUUGGUAAGUUCUUACCAGAAGGAAAAGGGGAAACUAAGGAAAAAUAUAAAAUCGCAAGUGAAAAUUGUAGUAACAAAAAUGUUUAAUUUAAGAAUACAGAUUGGAAGAGAAUCAUUAUUCGUUCCAUUUAUUUUCUAUUUACCUUUAUAGGAACAUCCUUUUCAAAUAUAAGAUCAGUUUUUGAUGGAUAAA